UGUGACUCAAAGUACUUUACCCGGCAUCUACUGCAUUUGCAUAUUCGCGUGAGGCACCUCGGAGAAAGACCGUAUGCAUGCAAAUAUUGUGACCAGCGUUUUUUCACGAGCACUGCUCGCUGUCGGCAUGAAAAAGUACAUCACACAAGGGAAUUGUCAUAUGUAUGCAGAUUUUGCGGAAAAAGUUAUGUCACAAAAUCAUGUUUGAAUAAACAUGAGUUUCUACACACAGGCGAACGCCCAUAUCGUUGUGAUAUCUGCAAUGUGGGAUUCCCUCGAAAUACUAAUUUGAAACUUCACUACCGUUCAAAACAACACCAAAAACGGGCCGGCGAAGUAUUUGAUAAUCCUAAUAAUGUUAUAGAAGAUAUCGCUGAAGAAGAUGAAAUAGAGUUUUCCGAAUCAAAUAUUGAGGAAUUAAAUGUGUGAAGGUUCUUAUUUAGGCGCCAAACAUUCACUCAGCGAGAUGCCAUUCACACCACAGAGCGUGUAUAUUUCAUUUGGUAUUCACACAAUUUACGAACAUAUUUAAUAAAUAGAAUAACAGCCCUGCAUUUGUCGAUGCACAUAAACAAACCCAAAAAAUUGUAAUACGAAAAAUAAUUGUAAAAUGUCGAUAGCAUUUCUCUGCAGAACUUGUGGAAAACGAAUAAAUCGUCUUAACGCCAAAAACCUUUUUACAGAGGAUAAUGAAAUACUGCAUAAGAUAGAAAUAUUGACUAGCCUAUGGCUGACAGACGAUAAAAGCAUGCCCGAGAAAAUUUGCUCAUAUUGCUUGUUAGAUUUGGAUCACGCCCUUGCAUUUCGGGAACGCUGUAUGCAAUUAAAUGAUAUAUUUCUGCUUGGGGAUUGGAAUGAGUCUCAAUCGAAACCUGAAGCAGUUGUAUUACCUUCGGAAAAUAACUCAAAUGACUCAAGCGACGAUCCCUUGGCAAAUGAUGACAUACAUAUAAAGCUACAGGACGAAGAAUUUGAUUCUGUAGAAAUUAAGUCGGUAUUUACCCCUAACCUGCCCUAUAGAAUAGUACCUGCUAGCAAUGCUUUUCGAAAAACUUCUAUUUGUAAACAAACAGAAUCACAAUAUUCAAUCAGAGAAAGGAAGACACCUAAAUCCGUAUAUAAUUCUAAAAGUGCCAAAAGGCGAAGACUAUCGGCGAGUUACUCUUGUGAUCCAUCUAAUAGACAUUUCAAUGAUAGAACGAGUUUAGACAAACACCCAAGCAGAAAUGUUCAUGAUACGACAAACGAGAAUGAUAAAUUUAGCGAUAGCAGUCUUAUGUUAACUGACAAUUCUUUGCCACUAUCGCCUACCAUCCAAAAUUUUGAAAGAGUCACAGAGUUUGCUGUGCAAACUCAUCAAAGUCCUCGUUGUAUGUCAUCGGAUUGCUCAAGCGACGAAAUGCAAUGGUCCCAGGUGCAUCAACGGUGCAACAAAAAGAUUAGGAAGUUGAGGAGUUACUUUUGUGAUCAAUGUGGCAGACACUUCAAUGAUAAAGCCAAUUUGAAUCGACAUUUACAACGUCACCUGGGCGUAAAGAAGUUCGAGUGUCAAGAAUGUGGUCAUAAAGAUUAUUCCCAGCAUUUGAUUAAUUUACACACACGCAUUCAGCAUCAUGGGGAGAAACCGUAUGCUUGUAAAUAUUGCGGGAAUCGUUUUGCAAAUAGCAUGGCAAGAUUGCGACAUCAAAGGAGUCACGUGAAAUAUCUAGAGCCAAAUGAUGUGCCAUCAUUUAUGUGCAACUUGUGUAACAAAACCUUCACUAAGAAAACAACUUUGGAUAACCAUGCCGUAGUGCACACCGGGGAACAACCUUUCUGCUGCGAAAUUUGCAAUGUUUACUUCAAUCGAAAAUCAAGCCUACGGACUCACUACCGCUCAAAGGCACAUCAGCAUAAAGCUACCCUGAAGUUGGAUGAUAUUUUAGUUGAUUCGAAUUAAGUUCAUAUGCUUUGUAUCUUACUUAAGUUUUACCGCCAAUGUAAAGUAUGGAUUCGAUUGUAAAAGUAAAGUUGUUCUUAUACUUA